UUAAACUUUCGCUACAGUUACACCAUUAACAUCCAGUGUAGGCAACGCCGCCUGCAGUCUCAGCUCACCGGGAUUGGAUGAGUGCAUACGUGGACUCUUCCACUUGAUUGUACCGAAGCUGAGAAACUCGCGUCUCUCGGAGUUCAACAUGGGCUCAAUUGAUCCAUACAUGUAUCAGCGCGGCAUCUUUCGGUAUUCUAACGAUGGAGUCCAGGGUGGUCUACUAAUCAAAAAUAUGGAAAUUUUUGGCAUCAGUGGGUUAAAGGUCAACAGUGUCCAAUCCAAUUUCACGAACAGCGACUUUAUCAUCAAAUUGGGCGUGGAGUUGCCCAAACUUAAGGCUGGCGGACAAUUCAAGGCGGACGUUAAGUUUGGCGGCUUGCGUCUGGUGCCCAAGGGACCCUUCAACAUAACUAUUGGUGAGUAGAGCAAAUUAUCAAA